CAUUUUAGCCUUAAAUUCUGAUAAGCAUUUUCCGAACCCACUGCUCAAAAUAUUCAGCGUGCUUGCUCAACCGCUCAUUUUGUAGCAUUAUUUGAGCAUCUAAAGCCUCUCUGUCGAUUGGUUUCUGUUAUCAGUCCUAAGCUCUUUGGUAGCUAAAGACUAGCUAAACAUCGAAGCUGAGGAUCUGUUUUAGUAUUUAAGCUAAUCAGCUCCCGUUAACACCGCUCGCUAAAAAAUGUAUUGCGGCAAAGUAAUUUCACUGUUUUGGUUCUGUUUUCUGUUGGGAGGCAUUUGGGCUCAGGAUGUUAUACCAGAGCCACCAGAAGAUGUUAGGCCAACGGAGCCCACGACAACAACAACAACAGAUGCCACAAGAACUUCUACAACAAAGUCCACGACAACUACAACAACGGAACAUACCACAACCACUACAACAACGGAACAGAUCAGGACUUCAACCACACAAAGGCCUCCCUUUGAACAACCCACUCGGACAACCGAGAUUCCUGGGGUGUGGAUGCAACCGCUAGAAAGAUGCUUUCUGAGAAAUCAAAUGGAGUAUAAUACUUGCUGGCCAGUCCCACCGAGGGCCGCUUGUUAUCGCUGCUGCUACUACUACGACAGCCAUAUCACCGAAUGUAGUAAGCUUCACCAAGGGCCUUGUGUGCGGUAUGAUUAUAGCAAACUGAAAGUACACGUAAAUUGGAAACAAGUAUUGUAAAAAGAAAUUAAGCAGGAACAGAAAUAAAAACAGUGAAAUGCUGUUGUGCAACCAGUUAUUAUAUAGGUUGAGCGUUUUAAAA